CCCGGCCAGAGGACAGGCUCGCCACUCGGUGCUCAGCCUGCCGCGGCUCCGGUUCUCCCUCCUUCUCCAGGCGCCCCCGCAGCAGGAUGUCGGCCACCCCCGAGCUGCCCCCCUUCCUGUUCAGCACGCUGCCGUCGCUGGCCGCCUCCACCCCGGGCGCCGUGGCCCCGGAGCCCAACGCCACCUCCUGCCAGGAGUGGGAGCAGGCCCAGCACCUGCUGUUCCACCUGGGGAACCUGUCCCUGCUGCUGGGCCUGGCCAUCCCCACCACCCUGGGUCUGCACAUGAUCCUGCUGCGCCUCCUGCUGGUGACAGGAUGUGGCCUCUUCAUCGCAUGGGCGACUCUGUACAGGUGCAAUCUGGACGUGAUGGUCUGGAACGUGGUCUUUCUGCUGGUCAACUUCAUGCACCUGUUUUUCCUGCUCUACAAGCGCAGGCCGAUAAAGAUCGACCGGGAGCUGCGGACGGUCUACAGGCGGAUGUUUGAGCCGCUCCACGUGAAGGAGGCGCUGUUCCAGAGGCUGACGGGACAGUUCUGCACCGUCCAGACCAUGAAGAAGGGACAGACCUACGCUGCCGAGGACAAGACCUCCGUGGACGAGCGCCUCAGCAUCCUCAUCAAAGGAAAGAUGAAGGUCUCCUAUCGAGGACAUUUCCUCCACAACAUCCAUCCCAACUCCUUCAUCGACUCCCCGGAGUUCAGGUCCACCGAGAUGCACCGAGGGGAGAAGUUCCAGGUGACCAUCAUGGCAGAGGAGAACUGCAAGUUCCUCUGUUGGUCCAGAGAGAGGCUCACCUACUUCCUGGAGUCGGACACUUUCCUCAAUGAGGUGUUCAGGUACCUCAUCGGCAAGGACAUCACCAACAAGUUGUACUCUCUGAACGACCCCACGCUCAGCGACAAGGCGGUGAAGAAGAUGGACCGCCAGCCCAGCCUGUGCUCUCAGCUGUCCAUGACACAGAUGAGGAACAGCAUGGCGAGCACCAGCGACACCGACGACGUCCUGAACCAGAUCCUGCGAGGGGGGUCUGCCGGCUCCUCUCUCCAAAAGUCUCCGAGUACCAAGAUGAAGCCCAUCGAAGAAGGUCUGGAAGACGACGUCUUCGAAGAGUCCGCCUCCUCCCAGCCUGCAGCCAACACGUCCACCGAGGAGGUGUGAGAACAACCCAGACCACAUGGACACCUCUGUGUGUGUCCUGAAACAGCACCACAACACCUGGAAUCACAGCGUCACACCUGGAAUCACAGCACUACAACACCUUGAAUCACAGCUCCACAACACCUGGAAUCACAAUACCACAACACCUGGAAUCACCGCGCCACAACACCUGGAAUCACAAUACCACAACACCUGGAAUCACCGCGCCACAACACCUGGAAUCACAGCACUACAGCACCACAACACCUGGAAUCACAGCUCCACAACACCUGGAAUCACAGCACUACAGCACCACAACACCUGGAAUCACAGCACCACAACACCUGGAAUCACAGCGCCACAACACCUGGAAUCACAGCACUACAGCACCACAACACCUGGAAUCACAGCUCCACAACACCUGGAAUCACAGCACUACAGCGCCACAACACCUGGAAUCACAGCACCACAACACCUGGAAUCACAGCUCCACAACACCUGGAAUCACAGCACUACAGCGCCACAACACCUGGAAUCACAGCGCCACAACACCUGGAAUCACAGCGCCACAACACCUGGAAUCACAGCACCACAACACCUGGAGUCACAGCGCCACAACACCUGGAAUCACAGCACCACAACACCUGGAGUCACAGCGCCACACCACCUGGAAUCACAGCACCACAACACCUGGAAUCACAGCUCCACAACACCUGGAAUCACAGCACUACAGCGCCACAACACCUGGAAUCACAGCGCCACAACACCUGGAAUCACAGCACCACAACACCUGGAGUCACAGCACCACAACACCUGGAGUCACAGCACCACAACAGCCAUCAGUCACAUUAAGAAGAGAAGAAUAAGAGGAAGAGGCAUCCUGAGGACUUUUCCCUCUGAAGGCUCCUGACGUUGACCAGAUCCCCUGAAAACCUGAAGACAUUCUUCCCUCUGCUUUGUUUCUCCACUCUACAGUUUUUGGUCUCAGUAAACCCGCUGAAGCAGAAUUCUAAACCAAAAAAGCUGCUCAGUAACUUUUCAACAACGUGUGACUGCAGCUGCUGGUAGUUUAAGCAGAGUGAACAGAAAUCGUAGCACCAGUCGGUACAGCGAGUCCAGACAACAGGCCUGAACAGUCUGACAGUCUGCAGCCGGGGUUAUGGUCCAGUUCAGGCUUCACAGGACAGCUCGGCCUUCCAGGCGUCUCCCGUCUCCAUCAGAUGAAAAUACACGUCACACAACAGACGAGCUUCUGACGAAGACAGAAGGAAAAACCCGCCAUCCUGAAAAGACGGACGUAAAAUGAAAUACACUACACUAUAUACAGUAUACUUCCUCGUGGUUAGAAAAUGGAUGAAAAGUUCUCCUGCUCUGUAAUUACUGCCUACUUAUAGAUGCAGAUAUAUUGAUAUUGAUAUAUUUAACAACCAAGACAUUAGGCUUUGAUUGAAACAUUGAGGAUUUAUUGGCUUCUUUGGUCCCACUAAGAAAAAAACAAAAAACAAAAAAACAAAAAACAAAAAAAAACAAACAAAAAAAAUUAUAUAUAUAUAUAUAU